UUAUCGUAGUCCUCCCGUCGCUGUGCUUGCCCUGUCGGAUUGGGCCUAGACUAGACGUGGACUCUGCGCUUAUCCGAUGCCUUGUAUGCCUACCCCUAUGCUCAAGCUUCCAUCAGCCACUCUGAGAGGCAAGACUACCAAGCGCGGACAUCGGUGUGACAUCGUCGCCGUCUGGAAUCCAUGUUCCCGUGUCGGCCAUUCCUGUUGAACCCGCUUGACUGGACGCAUUGCUGCUGGUGUUGUUGUACGCACGGUGCCCCGGUCCAUGUAUGUCAACCUAGGGGCAGAUGCAACGCUCCCGUCAAGAUGCAAGGCCAUAGUAAGCCACAAGCACCUGUCUUACAUGUCGGAAACACAGCAACGUGCUUGCUUCCCCACGCUCUUGCUUUUGCUGCAAGCCACCUACGUGGGAAAGGGUUUGGUAAGAUGAUCGUCACAUCGGAGAUACAAUGGGGAAGCCACAGGAUGUGCUCGGGCCCGCACGGAGCGAAGAGCUGCUUGGCAGCCCCAAGAGUCUAGCCACACCAAAGAAGCUGGACGAAUGGAAGGCAGAGCAUGGCACGGGAUCAGGCUCACCCGCCCCAGUGUCGUCAUCUUCCUGCUAAGGUUGACG